GUUGAGAGGAGCGAGGUGGGAGAGAAAGAGAGAGAUCGGCUGGGUAAGGAACGACCAGGCGGAUCCCUAUCCCGUUCGAGGUGCGAUCUGUAAUACCUGGUGAGGAUGGCAGAAGGAGGAGAUGGAGAGGAGGAGAUCCAGUUUCUGCGCACGGAUGACCAGGUGGUGCUCCAGUGCACUGCUUCCAUCCUGAAGGAGCAGAUCAAGCUGUGCCUGUCCUGCGAGGGCUUUGGGAACAGACUCUGUUUCCUGGAGACCACUUCCAACGCCCAGAAUGUUCCUCCGGACCUGGCGAUCUGCUGCUUUAUCCUGGAGCAGUCUCUGUCAGUGCGAGCCUUGCAAGAGAUGCUGUCCAACACAUCGGACCUGAACGAGGCAGUCGAUUUGGACAAAUGGUCGUCCCAGGGCGGGGGACACCGGACCCUGCUGUACGGCCACGCCAUCCUGCUGAAACACACCCACUCCAGCAUGUACCUCAGCUGUCUGACCACAUCUCGGUCGCUCACAGACAAACUGGCCUUCGACGUGGGCCUGCAAGAAGACUCCACAGGUGAGGCGUGCUGGUGGACGAUUCACCCCGCCUCCAAGCAGAGGUCGGAGGGUGAGAAGGUCAGGGUUGGAGACGACCUCAUCCUGGUCAGUGUGUCGUCAGAGAGAUACCUGCAUCUCUCCUAUGCCAGCGGAGACCUGAUGGUCGAUGCCUCCUUCAUGCAGACUCUGUGGACCAUGAACCCUGUGUGUUCAGGGUGUGAGCUGGUAGAAGGCUUCCUGACCGGAGGCUAUGUCCUCAGGCUGUUCCACGGACACAUGGACGAGUGUCUGGCCAUCCCCGCCGCCGACCAGGGGGACGACCAACGCAGAAAUGCUCAUUAUGAGGGCGGGGCCGUCUGCAGCCACGCCCGGUCUCUAUGGCGACUGGAGCCUCUCCGUAUUGGGUGGAGUGGAAGUCACAUCAAAUGGGGCCAGUCUUUCAGGGUGCGUCACAUCACCACGGGCCGAUACCUCUGUCUGGACGAAGAGAAGGGUCUCCUGGUGGUGGACUCUGAGAAGGCCAACUCCAAGAUGUCCGCUUUUUGCUUCAGAGCUACGAAGGAGAAGAUCGAGGUGGCCCAGAAGCGGGAUGUGGAGGGGAUGGGGACCCCGGAGAUCAAGUACGGGGAGUCCAUGUGUUUCGUGCAGCACGUUGCCACCGGCCUCUGGCUCACCUACGCCGCCGUCGAUGCCAAAUCUGCCCGCCUGGGUCCUCUGAAGAGGAAGGCUAUCCUGCACAAGGAGGGCCACAUGGACGACGCCCUGACGGUGGCACGCUCUCAGACGGAGGAGUCCCAGGCUGCCAGGAUGAUCUACAGCACGGCCGGACUCUUCACACAGUUCAUCAAGAGUCUGGACUCCCUGAGUGGGAAGAACAAGGCCCCCGGGCCUCCCUCCCUGCCCAUGGACGCUGUGGCUCUGUCCCUGCAGGACCUCAUCUUCUACUUCCGGCCCCCAGAGGAUGAGCUGGAGCACGAGGAGAAGCAGUCCAAGCUGCGCUCGCUCCGGAACCGCCAGAACCUGUUUCAGGAGGAGGGCAUGAUCACCUUGGUGCUGGACUGCAUAGACCGUCUGAACGUGUACAACACUGCUGCCCACUUCUCUGAGUUCGCUGGAGAGGAGGCGGCAGAGUCCUGGAAGGAGAUCGUCAACCUGCUGUACGAGCUGCUGGCUUCGCUGAUCCGAGGUAACCGUGCCAACUGUGCUCUGUUCUGUGACAACCUGGACUGGCUGGUUAGCAAGCUGGACCGCCUGGAGGCGUCCUCAGGAAUCCUGGAGGUGCUAUACUGUGUUCUCAUCGAGAGUCCUGAGGUCCUGAACAUCAUCCAGGAGAACCACAUCAAAUCCAUCAUCUCCCUUCUGGAUAAACACGGACGCAAUCACAAGGUUCUGGACGUGCUCUGCUCUCUGUGCGUGUGUAACGGAGUGGCCGUGAGGUCCAAUCAGAAUCUCAUCACUGAGAAUCUACUUCCGGGUCGUGACCUUCUACUGCAGAGCAACAUCAUCAACUACGUGACAAGCAUGAGGCCGAACAUCUUUCUGGGAACGUGUGAUGGGUCGACCCAGUAUAAGAAGUGGUACUUUGAGGUGAUGGUUGACGACGUGGAGCCCUUCCUGACGGCGCAGGCCUUCCACCUGCGCGUGGGCUGGGCCCUGACGGAGGGGUACAGCCCCUACCCUGGAGGGGGCGAGGGCUGGGGGGGCAACGGCGUGGGGGACGACCUCUACUCCUACGGCUUCGAUGGACUCCACCUGUGGUCAGGUCGCGUCCCCCGUCACGUGGCUUGCCCCAGCCAGCACAUCCUGGCGUCCGACGACGUGAUCAGCUGCUGCCUGGAUCUGAGCGUGCCCAGUAUCUCGUUCCGCAUCAACGGCCACCCGGUGCAGGGCAUGUUCGAGAACUUCAACCUGGACGGGCUCUUCUUCCCGGUCGUCAGUUUCUCUGCCGGCAUCAAGCUUCGCUUCUUGCUCGGAGGUCGCCAUGGGGAUUUUAAGUUCCUCCCGCCCCCGGGCUACGCCCCCUGCUACGAGGCGGUGCUGCCCAAAGACCGCCUCCGCAUCGAGCCCAUCAAGGAGUACAAACACGACUACAACGGAGUCCGCAACCUGCUGGGCCCCACACUGUCGCUCUCCCACACCGCCUUCACUCCCUGCCCUGUGGACACGGUGCAGAUCGUGCUUCCGCCUCACCUGGAGCGCAUCCGAGAGAAGCUGGCGGAAAACAGUCACGAGCUCUGGGCGGUCACACGCAUCGAACAGGGCUGGACCUACGGAUCGUUCCGAGAUGACAACAAGAAGCUCCACCCGUGUCUGGUGGACUUCGCCAGCCUUCCGGAGCCAGAGAAGAACUACAACCUGGCCAUGUCUGGAGAAACGCUCAAGACUCUGCUGGCGCUGGGCUGCCACGUGGGCAUGGGAGACGAGAAAGCAGAAGAGAACCUGAAGAGGAUCAAGCUGCCCAAGACGUAUGUGAUGAGCAGCAGCUACAAGCCCGCUCCUCUGGACCUCAGCCACGUCAAGCUGACGCCCAAUCAGAACACCCUGGUGGAGCGGCUGGCAGAGAACGGGCACAACGUGUGGGCGAGGGACCGUGUCCGCCAGGGCUGGACCUACAGCAUUGUGCAGGACAUCAUGAACAAGCGCAACCCUCGUCUGGUGCCGUACAACCUCCUGGACGACAAGACCAAGAAGACCAAUAGGGACACCGUGUAUGCGGCGGUCCGCACUCUGAUUGGCUACGGGUACAACAUAGAGCCCCCGGACCAGGAGAGCAGUGGACACGGGGAUGGUAACUCUCGUUCGGAUAAGAUCCGGGUGUUCAGGGCGGAGAAGUCGUACGCCGUGACCCAGGGGAAGUGGUACUUUGAGUUUGAGGCGGUGACAGUGGGGGAGAUGAGGGUGGGCUGGGCCCGGCCCAGCGUCCGAGCUGACACCGACCUGGGCGCCGACGACCUGGCCUACGUCUUCAACGGCUUCAAGGCUCAGCGCUGGCACGUGGGGAACGAGCCGUUCGGGCGCCAGUGGCUGUCAGGUGACGUGGUCGGCUGCAUGAUCGACCUGCCGGAGCAGAACAUCAUGUUCACCCUCAACGGAGAGAUGCUGAUCAGCGACUCGGGGUCAGAGAUGGCCUUCAAGGACAUCGAGAUCGGAGACGGGUUCAUCCCGGUGUGCAGUCUGGGCAUGUCCCAGGUGGGCAGGAUCAACCUGGGCCAGAACGUCAGCAGCCUGCGCUACUUCACCAUCUGCGGCCUGCAGGAGGGAUUCGAACCCUUCGCCAUCAACAUGAAGAGGGACAUCACCAUGUGGUUCAGCAAGAGCCUGCCCCAGUUCAUCCCUGUGCCCCCGGAACACCCUCACAUGGAGAUCUCUCGCGUGGACGGCACAGUGGACAGCGCCCCCUGCCUAAAGGUCACCCAUAAGACCUACGGCUCACAGAACGCCAACACGGACCUGCUCUUCCUUCGGCUGAGCAUGCCCGUGGAGUUCCACGAGACCUUCAAGGUUCCCGCCGGCACCACGCCCCUCACCCGCACCCUCACCAUCCCCGAGGACCAGGUCCUGGAGGUGGACCCCAACUCCGACUUUGAGGUGCUGAAGAAGUCGGCCACUCGCAAGGAGCAGGAGGAGAAGGAGAAGGAGCCGUCAGUGCCCAAGGAGACGCCGGCCAAAGGAGGCGAGAACGAGAAAGAUGCUUCCACGGAGAAGAGCAAAAAGAAGGGGUUCCUCUUCAAGGCCAAGAAGGCUGCGUUCACCCCGGCUCCUGUGGUUCCCAGCAUGCCUCGGCUGAUGGAGGAUGUGGUUCCUGACGACCGGGACGACGUGGACAUCAUCCUCAACACCACCACCUAUUAUUACUCGGUGCGUGUGUUCGCGGGCCAGGAACCAAGCGGAGUCUGGGUGGGCUGGAUCACCCCCGACUACCACCAGUACGACCUUCACUUCGACCUCAGCAAGGUCAGGAACGUGACUGUAACCGUGGGAGACGACAAAGGAAACAUCCAUGACAGUAUGAAGCGCAGUAACUGCUACAUGGUGUGGGGAGGAGAGUUCAGCAGCUCUCAGCAGACGCGCAUCAGUCAGGAAGACUUUGUGAUAGGCUGCCUCAUCGAUUUGGACACAGGUCUCAUGACCUUCACAGCCAAUGGGAAAGAGAUCAACACUUUCUACCAGGUGGAGCCCAACACUAAGCUGUUCCCAGCUGUGUUUGUCCUGCCGUCCAGUCAGAACAUGAUACAAGUGGAACUGGGCAAGCUCAAGAACAUCAUGCCCAUCUCGGCGGCCAUGUUCCGCAGCGAGCGUAAGAACCCGGUUCCCCAGUGCCCCCCUCGCCUGGACGUCCAGAUGCUGACCCCGGUCAUAUGGAGCCGCAUGCCCAACCACUUCCUGUCGCCGGAUACGCGGCGCGUGAACGAGAGGCACGGCUGGAGUGUGGAGUGUAGAGAACCCCUCACCAUGAUGGCUCUCCACAUCCCUGAGGAGAACAGGUGCAUCGAUAUCCUGGAGCUGUCGGAGAGGGUGGACAUGCUCAAGUUCCACUACCACACCCUGAAGCUUUACUGCUCUGUGUGUGCGCUGGGCAACAACCGCGUGGCCCACGCCCUCUGCAGCCACGUCGACGAAUCCCAGCUCUUCUACGCCAUCGAGAACACCUACCUUCCCGGGCCAAUCAGGAGCGGCUACUACGACCUGCUCAUCAGCAUCCACCUGGAGUCGGCCAAGAGGAACCGGCUGAUGACCAACAAGGAGUUCAUCGUUCCCAUGACGGACGACACGCGCAGCAUCACGCUGUACUCGGAUUCGGACGCAGACAAGGCCCACGCCCUCCCCGGGGUGGGCCUCACCACCUGCCUCCGCCCCAAGCUCCACUCCUCCCCCACGGGGUUCGUGGGCACCAACCUGGACAUCUACACCCUCAGCCCCUCCAUCCCCCUGCAGGUUAUGAAGUCCAAGGCCCUGACCAUGUUGACGGAGGCGGUGCAGGACGGCGGGCAGGCCAUGAGAGACCCCGUAGGGGGCAGCGUCGAGUUCCAUUUCGUUCCCAUCCUCAAGCUCAUCAGCACCCUCCUCAUCAUGGGCGUGUUCGACGAUGAGGACGUCAAGCACAUCCUGAAGAUGAUCGAGCCCACCGUGUUCAGCUCCGAGGCCGAGGGCCCGGCCGAGGAGGAGGGGGAGAGGAAGGGGGAGGAUGGUCAGAGACUGGCCCUCAAAGAAGAAGGGGAGGAGGUGAAGGAGGAGGAAGAGGGAGCGGGGGAGGGAGAGGACACUGAAGAUGAAGGGAUGGGCGAAGACGAUGAAGAGUUGGAGUUUGAGGACGAGGAGGAGGAAGAGGAGCCAGGUAAAGAAGAGAAAGAAGCGGGGAAUGUGAAGAAAGCGGAGGGAGAGAGGGAGGCGGAGAAGGAGGCCAAGGCUGCGGAUGCAGAGGGAGACACAUGCGUGCAGGAGGGUCUUCUACACAUGAAGCUGCCUGAGUCCGUCAAACUCCAGAUGUGCACUCUCCUCCAGUAUUUCUGUGACUGUGAGCUACGCCACAGAGUGGAGGCCAUCAUCGCCUUCUCAGACCAGUUCGUCACCCAGAUCCAGUCCGAUCAGCGGCAUCGCUACAACGACCUCAUGCUGGCCUUCACCAUGAGCGCUGCUGAGACCGCGCGCAAGACCCGCGAGUUCCGCUCUCCCCCCCAGGAGCAGGUCAACAUGCUGAUGAACUUCAAAAACUGCUCGGAGGACCACGAGUGUCCGGUGCCUGAUGACGUCCGUGACGCACUGCUGGCCUUCCACAAAGACCUGCUGUCUCACUGCGGGGUGCAUAUCGAGGAGGAGGAAGAGGAGGAGGAGGUGGAUAACUCCCUCAGGGGAAGGCUGCUGCGUAUGCUGGAGAAGGUCAGGAACUUCCGCAGGAGGAAGAUGGAGGAGGAGAGCAAACCUGACGAAGAAGCCAAACCCAGCACCCUCCAGGGGCUCAUCUCCCACACCAUGAUCCACUGGGCCCAGGAGUCGUUCAUCCAGAACCCGGAGCUGGUGCGUCUCAUGUUCAGCCUGCUCCACCGGCAGUACGACGGGCUGGGGGAGCUGAUCAGAGCCCUGCCCAAGGCCUACACCAUCAACGCCGUGUCGGUCCAGGACACCAUGGACCUGCUGGAGUGUCUGGGCCAGAUCCGCUCGCUGCUCAUCGUCCAGAUGGGCCCGGAGGAAGAGAGGCUGAUGAUCCAGAGCAUCGGGGACAUCAUGAGUAACAAGGUGUUCUACCAGCACCCUAACCUGAUGCGUGCGCUGGGCAUGCACGAGACGGUCAUGGAGGUGAUGGUCAACGUGCUGGGUGGAGGAGACUCAAAGGAGAUCAGGUUCCCUCGCAUGGUGACCAACUGCUGCCGUUUCCUGUGCUACUUCUGCCGCAUCAGCCGUCAGAACCAGCGCUCCAUGUUCGAUCACCUGAGCUACCUGCUUCAGAACAGUGGCAUCGGCCUGGGCGUGCGAGGCUCCACCCCUCUCGACGUGGCCGCGGCUUCCUGCAUCGACAACAACGAGCUGGCGCUGGCUCUGCAGGAGCAGGACUUGGAGAAGGUGGUGAAGUACCUGGCUGGCUGCGGCCUGCAGAGCUGCACCAUGCUCAUGGCGAAGGGCUACCCCGACAUCGGCUGGAACCCGUGUGGAGGGGAGAAGUACCUGGACUUCCUGCGUUUCGCCGUCUUCGUCAACGGUGAGAGCGUGGAGGAGAAUGCCAACGUGGUGGUGCGGCUGCUCAUCCGGAGGCCUGAGUGUUUCGGCCCCGCCCUCAGGGGGGAGGGGGGGAACGGGCUGCUGGCCGCCAUCGAGGAGGCCAUCAAGAUCUCCGAGGACCCGGCCAGGGACGGACCCACCAUCAAGAAGGACCGACGCUUCCCCAUGUUCGGAGGAGAGGAGCAGCAGGAGGAUAACCGUGUCCACCUGGGGAACGCGAUCAUGUCCUUCUACUCUGCUCUGAUCGACCUGCUGGGGCGCUGCGCUCCUGAGAUGCACCUGAUCCAAGCAGGGAAGGGAGAGGCACUCCGGAUCAGGGCCAUCCUGCGCUCCCUGGUGCCCAUCGAGGACCUGGUGGGCGUCAUCAGCCUGUCGGUGCAAAUCCCCGCUUUCGGAAAAGACAACAGCAUCAUUGAACCCAAGAUGUCCGCCAGUUUUGUCCCGGACCACAAGGCCCCCAUGGUGCUGUUCCUGGACCGUGUGUACGGCAUCGACAACCAGGACUUCCUGUUGCACGUGCUGGAGGUGGGCUUCCUGCCGGACAUGAGGGCGGCAGCCUCCCUGGACACGGCGGCGUUCUGCACCACGGAGAUGGCGCUGGCGCUGAACCGCUACCUGUGCUCGGCCGUGCUGCCCCUCAUCACCAAGUGCGCCCCUCUGUUCGCCGGCACGGAACACCGGGCCAUCAUGAUCGACUCCAUGCUGCACACCAUCUACCGGCUGUCCCGUGGCCGUGCCUUCACCAAGGCCCAGCGGGACGUCAUCGAGGAGUGCCUCAUGUCCCUGUGCAAGUACCUACGUCCGUCCAUGCUCCAGCACCUGCUCAGGAGGCUGGUGUUUGACGUGCCCAUUCUCAACGAGUACGCCAAGAUGCCGCUGAAGCUUUUGACCAAUCACUACGAGCGUUGUUGGAAGUACUACUGCCUGCCCAACGGCUGGGGCAACUUUGGAGUGUCGUCUGAGGAGGAGCUUCACCUAACCCGCAAGCUAUUCUGGGGCAUCUUCGAGUCCCUGGCUCACAAGAAAUUCGACGCAGAGAUGUUCAAGAUCGCCAUGCCGUGCAUCUGCGCCAUCGCCGGAGCCAUCCCUCCCGACUACGUGGACGCCAGCUACUCGUCCAAAACGGAGAAGAAGGCCUCGGUGGACGCAGAGGGAAACUUUGACCCCAAACCUGUUGACACCACCAACACUAUUAUUCCUGAGAGACUGGACGGCUUCAUCAACAAAUACGCCGAGCUCACACAUGACAAGUGGGCUUUUGAGAAGAUUCAGAACAACUGGACAUACGGUGAGCUGUUGGAUGAAAAUUCGAAGACCCACCCCAUGCUCAGACCCUACAAGACGUUCUCCGAGAAGGACAAAGAGAUCUACCGCUGGCCAAUCAAGGAGUCCGUCAAGGCCAUGCUGGCGUGGGAGUGGACGCUGGAUAAAGCGAGGGAUGGAGGAGAGGAGGAAAAGGCGGAGAAGAAGAAGGCAGCUAGGAAGAUCUCCCAGACGGCGCAGGCGACCUAUGACCCCAGCCAUGGCUACAGCCCUCAGCCAAUAGAAAUCUCUCACAUGGCUCUGUCAAGAGAUCUGCAGUCCAUGGCAGAGCAGCUGGCCGAGAACUACCACAACACCUGGGGCCGGAAGAAGAAGAUGGAGCUGCAGUCCAAAGGAGGCGGCUCACACCCCCUGCUGGUGCCCUACGACACCCUGACGGCCAAGGAGAAGGCCCGGGACCGAGAGAAGGCUCACGAGCUGCUGAAGUUCCUGCAGCUUAACGGUUACGCCGUCACCCGGGGGUUGAAGGACAUGGAGUCAGACAUAUCGUCCAUCGAGAAGCGCUUCGCCUACGGCUUCCUGCAGAAGCUGUUGAAGUGGAUGGACAUCGCCCAGGAGUUCAUCGCUCAUCUGGAGGCUGUGGUGAGCAGCGGGAGAGUGGAGAAGUCUCCUCACGAGCAGGAGAUCAAGUUCUUCGCCAAGGUCCUGAUGCCUCUCAUUAACCAGUACUUCAAAAACCACUGCCUGUACUUCCUGUCUACGCCGGCCAAGGUUCUGGGGAGUGGAGGGCAUUCCUCUAAUAAAGAGAAAGAAAUGAUUGCAAGUAUCUUCUGUAAAAUGGCCGCUCUGGUGAGACACAGAGUCUCUCUCUUCGGAACCGACGCCCAAGCUAUCGUCAACUGUCUUCACAUCCUGGCGCGGUCCCUGGACGCAAGGACGGUGAUGAAGUCCGGGCCUGAGAUCGUCAAGGCCGGCCUGCGCUCCUUCUUCGAGGGAGCGGCGGACGACAUCGAGAAGAUGGUGGAGAACCUGAAGCUGGGGAAGUUGUCUAAAGGCAACCAGCAGGUGAAGGGCGUGUCCCAGAACAUCAACUACACCACCAUAGCUCUGCUCCCUGUCCUCACUUCGCUGUUCGACCACGUCGCUCAGCACCAGUUUGGAGAUGACGUCAUUCUGGACGACCUCCAGAUGUCCUGUUACCGGAUCAUGUGCAGCAUCUACUCUCUGGGAACAGUCAAGAAUCCUCACGUGGAGAGACAGAGGCCUGCUCUUGGAGAGUGUCUGGCUCACCUGGCGGCGGCCAUGCCUGUAGCCUACCUGGAGCCCAACCUGAACGAGUUCAACACCUUCUCAGUCUAUACCACCAAGACCCCCAGAGAACGAGCCAUCUUGGGUCUUCCCAACGAGGUGCAGGAGCUGUGCCAGGACAUCCCAGAGCUGGACGUCCUGCUGAAGGAGAUCGGGGACCUGGCCGAGUCCGGGGCCCGCUACACUGAGAUGCCCCACGUGAUCGAGAUCACCCUGCCCAUGCUGUGCAACUACCUGCCCCGCUGGUGGGAGAGGGGGCCCGAGAACGUUCCAGAGCUGGAGGGCCAGGUCUGCACGGACGUCACCUCCGAACACCUCAACCAGCUGCUGGGAAGCAUCAUGAAGAUCGUGGUCAACAACCUGGGCAUCGACGAGGCCUCCUGGAUGAAGAGGCUGGCAGUGUUCUCCCAGCCCAUCGUGAGCCGGGCCAAGCCCGAGAUGCUCAAGUCCCACUUCAUCCCCACCAUGGAGAAACUGAAGAAGCGGACAGGGAAGGUGGUGGCUGAGGAGGACCACCUGCGCCUGGAGGGCAAGUCUGAGGGGGACGAGGAGGAGGGAACCAUCAGGGAUGAGUUUGCCGUGCUCUGCAGGGACCUCUACGCCCUCUACCCCCUCCUUAUCCGCUAUGUGGACAAUAACAGGGCGAGAUGGUUGACCUGUCCUGACCCCGACGCUGAGGAGCUCUUCCGGAUGAUUGGAGAGGUCUUCAUCUUCUGGUCCAAAUCUCACAAUUUCAAGCGAGAGGAGCAGAACUUUGUGGUGAUGAACGAGAUCAACAACAUGUCUUUCCUCACUGCUGACAGCAAGAGCAAGAUGAGCAAUGCCGGGGAUUCUGAGGCCGGGGGCUCGGACGUGGAACGUACCAAGAAGAAGAGAAGGGGGGAUCGCUACUCAGUGCAGACGUCCCUGAUCGUGGCGGCCCUCAAAAAGAUGCUCCCCAUAGGCCUGAACAUGUGCUCCCCCGCCGACCAGGAGCUCAUCAACCUGGCCAAGAUCAGAUACUCUCUGAGAGACACUGACGAGGAGGUGAGGGAGUUCCUGCAGAACAACCUGCAUCUCCAGGGCAAGGUGGAGAACCCGUCCAUGCGCUGGCAGAUGGACCUGUACAAGGUGAUGGCAGGGAAGGCGGAGGACGCGGACGCCCCAGAGAAGGUGGUGAAGAGAGUGCAGGAGGUGUCGGCUGUGCUGUAUCACAUAGAAGUGACGGAACACCCCUACAAGUCCAAGAAGAUGGUGUGGCACAAGCUUCUGUCCAAGCAGAGACGCAGAGCUGUGGUGGCCUGCUUCAGGAUGACCCCCCUCUAUAACCUGCCCAGGCACCGAGCCUCCAACAUGUUCCUGGAGGGGUACAAGCGUAACUGGAUCCACACGGAGGGCUACUCCUUCGAGGACAGAAUGAUCAACGACCUGUCAAAAGCCAUGGAGCAGGAGGAAGGUGAGGAAGAGGAGGAGACAGAGACUAAGCCAGACCCUCUCCACCAGCUCAUCCUGCACUUCAGCAGGACGGCCCUCACAGAGAAGAGUAAACUUGAUACAGAUCAUCUAUAUAUGGCUUAUGCUGAUAUUAUGGCAAAGAGUUGUCAUAACUGUGAGGAGGACGAAGGGGGUGAGGAUGAGGAGGGAGGAGCCGAAGAUGAGAUGUCCUUUGAGGUGCGACAGUCAGAGCUGGAGAAAGAGAUGGAGCGACAGAGACUCCUCUACCAGCAGUCACGCCUGCACAACCGAGGAGCAGCCGAGAUGGUCCUGCAGAUGAUCAGCGCAUGCAAAGGGGAGACGGGCUGCAUGGUGUCCUCCACCCUCAAGCUGGGCAUCUCCAUCCUGAACGGGGGCAACUGUGAAGUUCAGCAGAAAAUGCUGGAGUACUUGAAGGACAAGAAGGAUGUGGGCUUCUUCCUGAGCGUGCAGGCGUUGAUGCAGACCUGCGGGGUCCUGGACCUGAAUGCGUUUGAGAGACAGAACAAGGCAGAGGGCCUGGGCAUGGUGUCAGAAGAGGGCACUAGUGAGAAGGUCAUGGCCGAUGAUGAGUUCACCUGCGACGUCUUUCGCUUCCUGCAGCUGCUCUGUGAGGGCCACAACAACGACUUCCAGAACUACCUUCGCACCCAGACAGGCAGCACCACCACCAUCAACAUCAUCAUCUGCACUGUGGACUACCUGCUCCGGCUGCAGGAGUCCAUCAGUGACUUCUACUGGUACUACUCUGGGAAGGAGAUCAUUGACGAGCCAGGCAAGAAAAACUUCUCGAAGGCCAUGCUUGUGGCCAAGCAGGUCUUCAACAGCCUGACAGAGUACAUCCAGGGCCCAUGCACAGGGAACCAGCAGUCCCUGGCCCACAGCAGGCUGUGGGAUGCAGUUGUGGGAUUCCUGCACGUGUUCGCCCACAUGAUGAUGAAGCUGGCCCAGGACUCGAGCCAGAUCGGUCUGCUGAAGGAGCUGCUAGACCUUCAGAAGGACAUGGUAGUGAUGCUGCUGUCUCUGCUGGAGGGUAACGUGGUGAACGGCACCAUCGCCAGGCAGAUGGUGGACAUGCUGGUGGAGUCCUCCAGCAACGUGGAGAUGAUCCUCAAGUUCUUCGACAUGUUCCUCAAGCUGAAGGACAUCGUGGCGUCGGACGCCUUCCGCGACUACGUGACGACCCCUCGAGGCCUCAUCUCCAAGAAGGACUUCCAGAAGGCCAUGGACAGCCAGAAGCAGUACUCCGGUCAGUUUGUGUCUGUCCACCAUCACAUCUUGCAGCUUGUGCUUCAACUCAUCACUGAUGACCAGACUGUUCACUGA